AUGAGAAAAAGGUUAACAAAGACCAAGCCCGUAGUUUGGUUGAGUGAAGAAAUCUCCAAUGCGAGCUGUUUAGCAACAACUUUUAAACACUAUGAAAAGUUUCAAUAUAAAGAUUUAGUGGGGGAAAUUGGUGAUUGCAUAUUAAUUUCAAAUGCCGACGCGGCAGAACCGGAUACUGAAGAAGGAUGUGAUGCGGCUAAAAUCAUAUCCUUGUACGAGGAUCCCUCCAACAAGAAUGAUCCAUACCGUGCAAAAGUACAAUGGUUUUCAAAACCAACUGAUCUGCCUGCUAGAUGCUUUAACAAGAUGGAACCAAUCAGUUUUUAUGAAAAAGAGGUUGUAGAAGAUCAUCGUCCAUUUGACAUGGAUGUCUCAAUAGAAACAUUCUUUAAGAAAUGUAACAUUAUACUCUCACAUACAAAAGAUUCAGUUGAUCAGCUAAAGGGAACUGCAUCUUAUGUUUACAUUUGUAGAUAUAGACUUAUACCUGUUGGAAGAAAGAAAGUCUCUAUCGAGCCUGUUCUUGAAGAUGAAAGAAAGGCAAUCCAGUUCUUUUCAACACCAAAAAAGAGCAUACCAUUAUCAACAACUCCAAAAACCCCAAGCAGUUUAGUCAAACGAAUGAGCAGAGUGACAGUUUCAGAUACAAAGGGCUGGAAUAUAACCAAAAAUGAAGGAACAAAGCUGCUACUAAAGAGAGCUAUUUUAUCUGAGAAAAAUGACAAAGAAUCACCAAAUAAAACAACUCCAAAAAAGCUCAAUUCGAAACAAGGAACUGAUGUUUUAGAAACACCAAAAAGUAGCAAGAAACUAAGCAAAAAUCACAUUGAGGAUAUACUGUCUAUGGAGUUGAAGGAAAAUUCUGAAGAUGAGCUACCAACCCUCAUCAUAAGGCAACAUGUUCCUAGCACUCCGAAAAGGAAAUCACAAGUUAAAAUUAUUGAUGACACUCCAAAGAAGGUUUUAGUGUUCGAAGAGGAAGAGAAAGAGGUUUACGCAACUCGAUCUGGAAGAAAAACAAGACAGCCUUUAUUAUUUACAGAAUUUCUGAAAGAAAAUCGGUCUUUACCUGGAAGGGAAAGCCAGAUGGAGGUGAUUCUGUCUUUUGUUAGAAAUAAAUUAUUAGACAAAAUGAGUGGGUGUAUGUACAUAUCUGGGGUGCCUGGCACGGGCAAAACGGCAACCGUCAGUUCCGCCCUAAAAGCUCUCCAGGAGGAGACGGACCUGCCCGAAUUCCAGUUGGUCGAAGUGAAUGGCAUGAGGAUAGCCGAACCUAGACAAGCCUACGUUCACAUAUACAAACAGCUGACUGGAAAGUCAGUGGUUUGGGAGCAAGCAUGUUCGCUCUUAGAGAAACGAUUUACGAACCCUGGACCGAGACGGACACCAACGGUAUUAGUUGUUGACGAGCUGGACGCGCUCUGCACCCGCCGCCAGGACGUGCUGUACAGCAUAAUGGAGUGGGCCGCGCACGACUCCGCGCUGCUGACCGUACUCGCGGUCGCCAACACGAUGGACCUGCCCGAGCGGGCGUUAGCAGCGCGCGUCGCCUCGCGCCUCGGCCUGACGCGGCUGACCUUCGCGCCGUACACGCACACGCAGCUGCAGUCCAUAGUGGCCACCAGGCUCGCCGGGGCCAAUGUGACGCCGGACGCUGUUCAGCUGAUCGCCAGGAAAGUGGCGGCAGUGUCGGGCGACGCGCGGCGGGCGCUAGCGCUGUGCUCACGCGCGCUCGAGCUGGGCGGCGAGAGGGCGGGGCUGGCGGAGGUGCAGCGCGCGCUGGCGGAGGCCGCUUCCAGCGCCGCCGUGCGUGCCAUCCGCGCCUGCUCGCCCGCCGAGCGGCUCAUGCUGAGGGCGGUCGCCGCCGAGGUGGAAAGAACCGGCUCCGACGAGACCACGCUAUCGCGGGCGCUGUCCACGGCGGCCGCAAUCGUCGCGCUGGACGGUCGCCCAUACAAAUCCGCCGCCAGCAUCAGGGCCCCGACGCCGUCCCAAGCGCAAGCUGUUUGCGCCAGGCUCGCGGCGAUAAAGCUCCUUCUGAUAGAGCCCAAGCCGGCCGAACCUCGGCUGUUGCUGAAUGUCAGCGCCGACGACGUCCACUACGCCACCAAACAGAUCUCAGUG